GUGUGUAACUCUUUUUCACUUGGAGUAUAGUUAAAGUGGUGUCGUGGUUAUGUCGUCGCAAACAACAUCGGAGGCGGAGCCGGGCGGCGGCGGCGGCACAACAACAACAACAACAGCGGCAGCAAUUAAAGAAACCCCUUCUACAGUGUUUACAGAACAAUUAAUAUCUGAUUAUGUGGAAUACCUCAAAGUCGAUUGUUCACUUGAAAAGACUCAUUUUGCUGAGAGUAUUGAAGAAAUGCUAACAAAACUGGAUGAGUUCUGUGGACUUGUUGAUAUGAAAUAUAAUCGAUUUAUUGUUCAUAAUUUUCGACAACUGAAUCCUUAUAUGGACCCCCAAAGGCCAUGUGGACCCUGUUUAAGAACCACUGAGUUAAAUAUUCGAGGAGACACAACAUUAUGUUUAUAUAAAACUAUGCCAGAGAUUGAAGUGAAAGCCAGUGAGAUGCAACGAUUAUUUGUUAAAAUUGAUCAACUUGAGGAAUUAGUAACAAUCGUUUCUAAGAAUGUCAGUUUGAUGGAAGAGCAAGUGAACAACGCCGAAGCAAAGAUGGGUUCUUUUAGCGGCAUCAAGAAGAUGAUUACCUCUCUUGUUAGUCCAAAACACAGUGCUACCAGAAAUAAAUCUCAAGAACAAUAUCAUCCACCAGAGAUAUUCAACACUUCUGAUUUUUUUCCUAAACAAUCCUAACUAUUUCUGUUGCCUACCUUUCCCUCUUUCUUUCUCAUCUCUUCUCUCUCCCCACCCCCACCUCUCUGUACAUAGCUGUGAUGAAAUCUUAAUUCCCUGCAUCACUUUUGUUUAUAUAAACAAAACAGCAAUGGGACUUUCUUGCCUUGUAAACAAGCUCUUGUCAAUUCACACAACUUUUGGCAAAAUGCCUCAAAAUCAUGUUUUCACUCAUAUUUUUGUCUUGUGAGAGAGAGAGAGAGACUGAGAGAUAGAGAAUAACCACUUUUAGACAUUUACGAUUGUGAUAAAUGAUUUAUUUUAUAUCUGAAAUAAGUGAGGAAGCAACUCAAAAAUUAAAUUGAAUCACAUCAUAAAUACUGUGUUUUCUAUAUUUUCUAUGAUAUUAAACAAACUGAGGCUUCUACCAUUUCCUUCAGCAUGAAAGUCGAUGAGAAACCUACCUUAUUCUGUAGAAUACAGUGAUUUGGGUGUGACAGGAUUUUGAGCUAAAAGUGAAGUGACAUGCAACUGGUAAAGCAAACUUGUUGUGUGAGUCUGCUCUCUCAUAUUUCACAUGGAAUUAAGGAACUUUGAAUGAUCCAUCAUAGCAAACCAUUUGGGAACAAGGUUAUUAUAGUUGAAUUAUCGAUAUUUAGUAACAAUUGGAGUGGAUACUAAAACAGGAAAUAUUGAACAGUAAAGGUGAUUGGUUGACGAAAUUUAAAUCCAUUUUUAAAUUGUGUCUCCAGAAAGUUCAGAAUAUGAAAAAAAAAAAAUGGUUAAAAAUUAUUCCAAACAAAGGCGGUGCCAGAGAAGUGUUUAUCAUGAGCAGUGACAUUGUUUCUACAAUCUAAAGAUCUUUACUUUAAUAUUUGGCAAAAUAAACUUUGUUGGGUUUUUUUUUUCUUUAUUUUUUGUCAUCAAUCAAGGAGUAACGGAUCAAUAAAUCUUUAAUUUAUGAA